CUGCAUCACCAGGAAAAAUCUCUAAGUACGACAACGCUCCUUGAGGAUACGGCGAUAUUCUCAUCAACAUCAUCAUCAUCAGCUUCUUCCUUCAUCCAGCCUCUCACCACCAAAGCCAGACCCUAAAGACAUCUCCAGCAGCCUUUUGCGACCAUAUCACACCCGAAAUCCCCAAAAGCCUCUUCUCAAAAUGCUCUUCUCCACAGCCCUCCUCUCUCUCUGCGCCUUUGCCGCCGCCGCUCCCCUCACGCCUUCUGCCGUGAAGACAGCCGUGAGCCCUGACGGCUACACCUACAUCGUCGAAUCCGAGGCCUACGUCGCGGACACUUUCACCAAUAGCGACGGACGGAACGUCACCGUUCUCGUUCACCCUGCCCUCAAGUGCUCCAUCGACAUGGACGCCUCCGGGCAGUCCCUCAACCCCGGCACCCUCACCAAGCGUCUUGACUGGAACGACGGCGUUCAGUACGCCGACUCCUGUGGCGCCUCGUCCUACAUCAGAAAGACGUCGGGUAACUCGCCCCUCGUCUCCGACUGCGCCUCCAUUCGCGACUACUAUGCGGGGCACCAGGGCCGCUAUGUCGCGUACUGGUCCGACCGGGCGUUCAACAGUGGCUAUUGCCGUCUGGUCAUUACGAACACCUGUGUGUUUGGUGUCAAGAGCAGCAGCAUCUAUCCUGUCCAUGUCGGGAGCAGAGACAUUUCUGAUCUUACCAGAGACUCGAUCAACAAGUUCCAGAGCAGCAGGCGGGUGGGUGCUGAGGGACACAUGAACUGCAAUGGUGACCAGCCUACUAGCGUGGACUGGGCUAUUUUCGCCAACUAA